CCGAUGUUUUUUCCUCUCCGUUUCGGGGGUUUGUCUCGGCUGGUCCGGCGCGUCCCGGGACUUGGUGGGGCUUUUGCAGCGGGUCAGGGCGCCUGGUGCGAAGCGCAGAAGCGAAGCGGGCUCCAAGUCUCCCCGGUUCUCAGAAGGAGCAAUGCAUCCCUGAAUGGGCGACCCUGGAAGCGACGGGCUUUCUUUGCAUUAAACUCUCCCAUCACCGGUCAUCACCGGACGAUCGAUCGCGAGGGAGCCUCGAUCUCAUUUUUCCCCCCCUAUGUCCGAAACUCUGGGAUCGGUAGCAGCCCGAGCUGGCUGCGUGAUCUCGGUGUCUCACUCCCGGGUCCCCCGCGGAUCUUGCAGCGGCAGCGGCGUCCUCUUGAGUCGAGAUCCCCCGGGCGUCGUCGUCGUCCUUUGCCCCGGGAUCCUCUUCUCCCCUUUCCUUCUGGAAAGCGAGCGCCCCGAUUGGUCUCAGGGCAAAGUCCUGCUCUCCGACCGCUUCUUCCCGGGCCUCCGGAUCCAGGUGCUUCAAGCGACUGGGAGCAGCAACAGCAGCAGCCAAGCGGCCCGGGCUACUUGCCUGGCUGGAGACCUGGGGGGAAAUAAUAACCCAGGGCUAAGGUUUAACCCGCUUUCGAACCGACCUCAACCCCACCACGGUUGGAGGACCUGCGAGGCUGAGCUCCUGAUGGUGGCCGCCUGCCCGCCGUUCCAGGAGGCCUUCUCCAAAAUCUUCAGCGCUUCGGAUCGGUGGCAUUUUGGAGGGAAUGACUUUGAGCAAGAAGUGGCCAACUCUUCGGAGCUCGAGGACUGGCGUGCCCUCCAUUGGUUUGCUCUGCUGAGGAUCCUGGAGCCGGCGGAUUCCCUUGGGGCAAGUUGGGUGAGCUGCGUUCCAGCCAGAUCCCUCAAGAAGGGGGAUACUGUCUUCACCUGUGGCUCUCCUUUCGGCUCCUUGUGCCCGGAGAUAUUCAUGAACACCCUCAGUAAGGGGAUAGUCAGCAACCUGGCAGGAGCGAGCAAUGCCCUCGUCUUGAUUGACGCACGUUGCUUGCCUGGCACCGAAGGAGGAGGCGUCUUUGUCCUGUCAGGAAUGGGCCCUCACCUGGUCGGAAUCAUCGUGGCUCCACUGUGCUGGAAAUCCACCGAGUGGGUCGGCUUGACUCUGGUGUGUGCCGUUGACUCCAUUCUGGAGAGCGUGGCCGGGGUCCUUUCUCGGUCUUGGGGUUUCCUGAAGCUCCCAUUGCUCCCCACGGAACUUGUGACCAAGUCGCCUGCUGCGGUGGUACUCAGAAAUGGACUGGACAGGCACCUGUUGGAUGCUGUGGUUCUGGUAGAAUGUGGACCCACCUGGGGGUCUGGGGUGAUGAUGAAUUCAAGGCUGUUGUUAACCUGUCGGCAUGUGGUCGGCGGAGCAUCAAAUGUCCGUAUCAGGUUUCUAACCAGUCCUAACAGAGAUUCUGUAGUGAAAGGAAAUGUAGUGUUUGCAACGAAGGACUCUUCUCCCUAUGAUAUUGCAUUGGUAGAGUUGGAAGAAGGUUUAUCCACAUUGCCAGACCUUCCUCUAGCAUCAACGUUUCAUCCAGGAGAAGAUGUGAGUAUUGUGAGCUUUGGAGUCUUCGGUCAGGCCUGUGGACCGUCUGUUACAUCGGGGAUCCUCUCGGCUGUGAUCACCGUGGAAGAUAAGCCAGUGAUGCUCCAGGCAACCAGUGCGGUUCAUGGUGGUUCAAGUGGGGGCGCCCUCUUUGGCACCCACAGUGGGAAACUUCUAGGAAUUGUUGCCAGCAACACAAGGGAUAACAGUGUUGGUGUGACCUACCCUCACCUAAACUUCAGCAUUCCCGUCACGGUCCUGCGGUCAGCCAUCUUGGAAUAUAUCCACCACGGAAGCCUGCAAGGUUUUCAAGAACUAGACGGAGUAGGAGAAAGAAUUCAGGUUGUCUGGAGGCUCCAAAGAGAACCCGUGGAGAUGCCACUCAGCAAACUAUGAGACUUCACUGAACGAAGAAGAAUAGAAGAAUAUCGGCUUCGUAUAUCAUAGGUCCAGGCUACUUUUUGAACUUUCUCAUCCUGCUAGGAUAAGCCUUGUCCCACUUGUACUGGCACAGAGGGCCUACUUUUGAUCCCUUCGGUCAAAGAACUCCAACUAUUGGGAUCUAGAGUGGGUCUCCAACCUUGGCAACUUUAAGACUUGUGGACUUCAACUCCUAGAAUUCGUCAGCCAGCUUUGUUGAAGUCCACAAGUCUUAAAGUUGCCAAGGUUGGAGACCCCUGACCUUCUCUGCUGCAGCACCUGCCCUUUGGAAUAUCUUACCCUCCAAAGUGAGGUCUACCUCCACCCUCUUAUCCUUCCCUAAGACUGUGAAGAUCUGGCUGGGGCAGUUCCACACACUGGAGGUGGCUGCUUAGAUUGAUAGCAAACCCCACCUCGACAUUUGCUCUCUGUUUCUCUCCCCAUCCAUCUUUUAUUCUCAUACCGCUGUACCGUCAUUUCCUUUUUCAUUCUUUAUUCUAUUGUUCCAUUACUUUGCUUACUGUUACGUUUGCGCUUCUUUUCACUUCUCUGUUUUUAUUGUUCUAAGCCAUCUAAAAUAGCCCCACUUGCAAGAUGGGCAACAUAUACAUUUAACAAAUAAUAAAAUACAAUGUAUCCUGAUUGCAUUAUAUGGGUGCUUCUCUUGCUGUUGUAAUCAACUGAGUUUAUGGAAUUGACCCCAAAUUAAGGGAUUACGAGGUUGUACAAAAAAAGAGAGUUUCAUCUGUUUCAGUAGCUUUCUUGGCUAGGCGUUUAGUUUGAUUUCAACAAUGCCCACUUAGUUUUCCUGCCCUAAUCUGCCAUUACAAAUAGUCCUCAACUUAUAUCCAACAUUGGAUUGAAAAAUCACUAAAUGGUCAUGAAGUGAGUUGCACACAAUUUUACAACCAGAAAAGUCUUUGUGCUCCCUGAGCUCCCCAAGUGUUCUAGUUUGGGUAAUUGGGUAAUGAAAUAUCUGCAAGGAAACAAGCAGGCUCAGAGAGCACCACGGAUCCCUCAUUUCAAUCCCGAGCUACACAUAUUCCCCUUUACUAAUUUUAUACAACCUGUCUUGCUGUGAUUAAGUGAAUCACUGUGGUCAUUAAGUGAGUCACACUAUCAUUAAGCAAAUCGAGCUUCCUCUGUUGAGUUUGCAGCCAAGAACCUGGAUUUUGGUCAUGUGAUCGUAGGAAAAGUUAUAAAUACAAAAUUGAUUGCAAGUCAUUUUUUUUUUGCAGCACCGUUGCAACUUUGAACAGUUGCUAAAUGAAUGGUCAUAAGUCAAGGAUUUCCUGUAUAUCCCUGACAGUGUCUCUCUUGGUCAAGCACCCUGCUUAUUCUCUUAGGUCCUGCAUUUUUCCAUUAUGCUUGGAAUUCUCUUUUAGAAUACCCCAUCCUUUACAAAUCCUUUUUAAAAGCUCGCUUUUCUAUUAUCCCAUUCCAUAUACAGCCUGUGCUUUUUACACUUUACUUUCCAUUAUCUUCCUGAAUACAGUG